AUGAUAUCCAAAGCAAGGGAGACCGUCAAGAUGCUCGUUCUGGAAACAGACGAGCCUGAUCCUCGGACUGUGGAAGAGAAAGGCGGUUUCGGCGAAAUCGGCGACAGGUUCUUCACCAAAGCUGGAGACAAUCAUGACCCUCCACUUGGCAUUGAAACGGACACACAUUUCGUUGUCGAGGAUCCAGAAAACGGCCAUCACGGACACGUUCCACUAGCUUCCGAAAUCCCAUCAGACAUCCACGCAAUCUUAAUCACAGGCUCCAUGUACGAUGCACACGGCAACGAUCCCUGGAUCCAGAAACUCCGCGACCUCAUAACAGAACUAUGGCAGAAUCGACCAGAAAUGAAGUUCGCUGGAAUCUGUUUCGGCCAUCAACUCCUCGCUCGAACGCUGGGAGCCAGCGUGGAAGCGACCCCAGGCCAAAAAUGGGAACUGGCUCAUACGACCAUGGACCUCACCUACAUUGGCAAAAAGCUCUUCAAAACCGAUGACAAAGUAUUGGAAGUCCAUCAAAUGCAUCAAGAUCAAGUCACUUCAGUUCCAUCUCAUGAGACCACGAAGUUGCUCAGAAAAGGACAGAAUGUACAUGUCUGGGCUUCGACAGAGCAUACGAAGAUUCAAGGGCUGUAUAUUCGAGAUCGAUUGUUUUCUAGUCAGGGGCAUUUGGGUUUGGAUGCGAAGAUGGUGAAGCGACAAGUCGAGUUGAGGAUCAAGUCUGGUGCGAUCAAGGAUAAGGAUCGAAGGGAGGUGGAGUAUGCGAAUGAGACUGCGCAUUUGGAGCACGAUGGAGAGGUCGUUGCGGCGGCGAUUUUGAGAUUCUUUCAUGGUGAUGAUCAUGAUAUUGACUAG